ACUCCCCUUUAUAAAUUCACUAACUCUUCACUUCAAUUCCCACACAUCUGAACCCUAAUUUCCUUCAUUUCUACACUCAUUAGCCGAUCAAUCUCCGGUCACUUUUUUCUACUAAAUCUGUUUAUCAAAUGGCUCGAUCUAGCAUUAUCAAUGCAUUCUUCAUUGUAUUCAUCGUUUCUCUUUUCUCAGCUAUGACUGAAACUUCGGCUCAGGAAUUAGGAUUAGCUCCGGCCCCGGCACCUGACGCCGGUGCGGCUUUCUCCUUGCCGUCUUCCGGUGUGUUAGUUGGAACUUCUCUCAUUCUAUGUGUUGCUGCUAUCUUCAGGCAUUAGAAUUUUGAUUUAGUGGGGAUUGUAUGUGUUUUUCAGUUGUGAGAGUAGUGUUUAUUGAUUUUCUUAUGGAUUUAGGUGUUUUACGUAUGUAUUGAGAUUGAUCUUUUGGCAGUAUAUAUUUCUGAUUAUAAAAUUUUGUUUUUGAGUAUAAAAAUUGGUUCUUUAUUUCCAUUUGUUUUUUCGUUCUCUAUUGCAAGUGAUUAUUCUGUUAUCUAAGAAGGUGAUUAUACCUGAAAAGUACAUUUAUAGUUUAUAUAAUCUGGAAAUUAACAACCCGGAAAGGCGAAAACUAAAGAAAAACAAGGCUUUGAGCUGUUUUUUUAGGGGUAAUUAGAGCAAAACUCAUAUCCAGGGUGAAACAUGAAGGAUAAAACAAAGCUAAUUAUCAUGUAAUUGGUACACGCAGAACAGAGUAGAGAUGAAGUAUGUAAAGAAGGUAUCUAGAUUAGUCGAGCUUCAAAGUAGGUACUAAACGCCAAGUGGGAAACCCAAAGGAAGUUUCAUUGAACUUAUAAUUUGUCUUGCAGUUUAAAGGAAAUACUUUUUUAGAUCAACUUAUGUUCUUGAGGAAUAAGAAGAUUAGAAACUUUAAACAAUGUAUAUAAUAUAGUAACAUUAGAGACAAGUUCACAAACUAUGUGACAUAUUAAACAAUGUAAGUUGCAUUUUUUUUGUUGAUAUCCCUUUCUGAGGCACAAAAUGUAAUGCUUAUAGAGAUAAUGACUUGUAAGCAUUGAGAACUCAGCCUUAUAUCCUAUUUAUUGCCAUAUUCAUCUGAGCUUAAUCUUCUCACACUACCUGCAUGUAUAUAAUAUAGUAACAUUAGAGACAAGUUCACAAACUAUGUGACAUAUUAAACAAUGUAAGUUGCAUUUUUUUUGUUGAUAUCCCUUUCUGAGGCACAAAAUGUAAUGCUUAUAGAGAUAAUGACUUGUAAGCAUUGAGAACUCAGCCUUAUAUCCUAUUUAUUGCCAUAUUCAUCUGAGCUUAAUCUUCUCACACUACCUGCAUGUAUAUAAUAUAGUAACAUUAGAGACAAGUUCACAAACUAUGUGACAUAUUAAACAAUGUAAGUUGCAUUUUUUUUGUUGAUAUCCCUUUCUGAGGCACAAAAUGUAAUGCUUAUAGAGAUAAUGACUUGUAAGCAUUGAGAACUCAGCCUUAUAUCCUAUUUAUUGCCAUAUUCAUCUGAGCUUAAUCUUCUCACACUACCUGCAUGUAUAUAAUAUAGUAACAUUAGAGACAAGUUCACAAACUAUGUGACAUAUUAAACAAUGUAAGUUACAUUUUGUUUGUUGAUAUCCCUUUCUGAGGCAUAAAAUGUAAUGCUUAUAGAGAUAAUGACUUGUAAGCAUUGAGAACUCAGCCUUAUAUCCUAUUUAUUGCCAUAUUCAUCUGAGCUUAAUCUUCUCACACUACCUGCCCCUGCACGAAUACGAUCAUGUGUACAAAAUCUACCAAAUGGAAGGUUUUCUUGUUUCCAUGGCUGGCGUAUGGUCACAUCUCUCCAUUUCUCGAGCUAGCCAAAAAGCUCGUGGAUAGAGGUUUCUUGGUUGAUCUAUGUUCUUCAUCUAUUAACCUAAGUUUCAUUAGAACAAGAAUACCAGAAACAUAUUGUUCUUCAAUUCAUCUUGUGGAACUCCAAUUACCAGACUUGCAAGAGCUUCCUCCUCACUAUCAUACAGCCAAUGGCCUCCCACUCCAUCUCCAUUCCACCCUUCAAAAAGCCCUCAAAAUGUCUAAACCAAAUCUGCUCAACAUCUUAGAAGCUCGAAAACCUGACUUGUUAAUCCAUGAUGUCAAGCAAUUAUGGACUGCUGGGGUGGCUUCUACCCUUGACAUCCCGGCGGUUAGAUUCUUCACUUCUUGUGCAGCCAUGUGCUCCUAUUUCAGUCACUUGUUUGUGAAACCAAAUGUUGAAUUCCCCUUUCAAGCUCUUCGAUUACAUCCCUAUGAGCUAACAAAAGCUCAUAAAGUGGUUAAAGAACAUCGUGAAGACGAUGAUCCUGAAGUGAGAGCUCCUGAAGAAUUUACAGGCGUGAUGCUAAUAGGCACGUCGAGAGAGAUGGAAGGUAAAUACAUCGACUAUAUGUCCGAAAUAAUCAAAUUUAAGGUCUUGCCAAUUGGUACACUAGUUCAAGAUCCUAUGACUAGUGUAGAUGGAAACAUGGAGAUCAUGGAAUGGUUAGGGAAAAAAGACAAGUUCUCAACUAUAUUAGUCUCUUUUGGGAGUGGCUACUUCUUGACAAACCAAGAAUUGGAAGAAGUAGCUUUUGGGUUAGAGCUUAGCCAAGUGAAUUUCAUAUGGGUAGUUAGGUUCCCAAAAGGGGAAAAUCUAAGUCUUGAAGAGGCAUUACCACAAGGUUUUUUUGAAAGAAUUGGUCAUAGAGGGAUGGUUAUGGGAGGAUGGGCUCCACAAGCAAAAAUACUAACUCAUUCGAGUAUCGGUGGAUUCGUGAGUCAUUGUGGAUGGAAUUCAAUUUCAGAAAGUAUAGAUUAUGGUAUUCCAAUUAUUGCUAUGCCUAUGGAUCUUGAUCAACCUAUGAAUGCUAAAUUGCUAGUGGAAAUUGGAGUAGCUUUGGAGGUUUUGAGGGAUGAAAAUGGAGCACUUCAUAGAGAAGGCAUAGCAAGAGUUAUCAAAGAUGUAAUAUGUGGAAAAUCAGGGGAGAAUUUGAGAUGUAAUGUGAGAAAUUUGGGUAAGAAGUUGAGAUUUAAAAAUGUGGAAGAUAUUGAUGCAGCUGUGAUGGAGCUAACACAACUUUGUCAUGAGAAGAAUCAUAGUUCUUGGAUUCGAGUCAUGGGUAUGGAACCGCGCUUGAUAGAGCCCUCAAAAAUGGAACUUUCUAGCGCAAAUUUAGAUUAAUCAAGCUUCAAAGCACAUGUAUUGAAACAUCGAGUGAAAAAAGAAGAAAAGAAUUGUUAACUUUUCUAAGCUAGUUUAUUCAACUAAUGCAAGAAGCAUAAGAAAAAAAUCUUUGCAUAAUGUGCGUU